AUGGAGUCUCCGGUGCGAGCUCUAUCUCGGUCCUCGUCCUUCGCUCCUGGUCCUCAUCGCCGCUCCCAUCCCAACCUGCAUCACUUGUCUCUCGCACCAUUGACACCCAAGUAUCCCAUUGAUCCUGCGGACUACGACGCGUAUUUCGACCCGUCGACGUCCGAACUCCACACCUCUGCUUCCAUCAGCCAGAUCUCUGGGCUUCCAUCGCCUGGUGGGAUACUGACAAGUCAUUCUGCUGCACAUUCCCGCGCUAGCUCACGAACUAGGUUGAAGAAAAAGACAAAGUCAAGUCUUUCCAUAAGAUCAUCACACCAGCAUAGUGUCAACGACUCCCACCUCGCAGCCCCGUCAGGUGCUUUAUCGAGCGAAGGAUUUGGACACAGGAAGCCGAGCAGUCACCGCGGCUCUAGCCUCCGCAUCCACACAUCCGAUUCAUCAUGGUUGAUCCAAACAGGACUUGCUUUGACAGAGGGCUCCCGUGAAACCAAGGGUCAAUCGUGGAUUGUCAAGCGGGACUCAUCGACAUCGCUCGCCUCACCUUCUUAUGCGGCAUUUGAUGAUAGAUCGCAUGGCCACUCAGCAGUCCGUCCUGGCAGAUCAACUCGUGCAACACCAAGCGUCAGUCGCAGGAGCAGCUUCAAGCGCGGAAGUCGAAGGUCUCUUGCUAUGACUCCGGCAUUGCAUACUCCAUUUCCUUUGGGAGUGGAUGAAGCAGACUCCGACCCGAUGCCGGAUUGGGCCGACGACCGGACCCAAGCUGAAAUUGCGGCUCAGAUCGAGAGCGAAAUGGCCGACGAGUUCGACUACGAUGGAGAUCCGUAUGGCGUGCUGGACUUUGAGGGUCAAUUCGAUAGUGACGACGAUGAUGGUAAUGACAAUGACGAGGAUGAGGUGCGCAGAGAGAUCUUGGCUUCUGGCUAUCAUCUAGGAAGGUGGGUGGAUGGGAUCGUGGAUGUGUUUCUGCGCCUGGAAGACCUACCAGAUCCUGCGUCGGAUGAAAAUCUGGAUCUCGAAGCCGGGACUGGACAGUCUACGAAAGACACCCAAAUUGAGGAGCAAUCAAUACAACCAGCACCUACCACUGUGGAAGCAAACGACUCGGAACAGUCCAGCCACGCGUCUGACCAAUCGAUAGAACCUCCACCUGUCCAGCGACAGGGUGGAGUUUGGGACGAUGUCGCUUGGUUCGGACGCCUCCUGGCGAGGACGGUCAGGUCAUAG